CAGGGCCGGUGGGAGCAGGCCGAGGAGCUGUUUUUGCAGGUGAUGGAGACUCGCAAGACGAAGCUCGGGGCGGACCAUCCCGAUACACUUACGAGCAUGGCCAACCUCGCUUUAACUUGGAAAGCUCAAGGUCGACAGGCAGAUGGUUUGGUGUUAAUGCAGGGCUGUGCGCAGGCUCAGCAACGAGUCCUAGGGCCAGAGCAUCCAAAUACUCUGUCGAAUCAAGCCAUCAUAGAAGAUUGGAGCAUCUAGAAUGCAUGUCCUUUUGCUCUGUAAUUAUGAGCUGUUGGACUUUCUUUACUUGUGUUCUGGUUAACCCGUUAUUACUCAACUUGUUGGUCUUGAAUUUUCCUUACAGCCUACAUUUAUCGUGCAUUUUCUCGGGCGUUGAGAUUCAACACCGGCUCGGUUUAGAUGGUGACCACAUCACCUUAAUCAGAC